AUGGCUAGCGUCAGUCGCAACAUACCAUGUGCACAUAUUUCUUCUGAGACGGAUCAUUCUCCCCAGUCCGUCGAUGUACCUUCCACCAAAGCCUUGUGGUACAUCGGUUCAUCAGCUCCUCUCAACACCUCGGCGAACCUCAGUUCCUUUUUACCACCGAACUCUCAUUCAUACUCAGGAAACUUUGGUGUCACCCCGAGUGACCGACCUGGCAUGCAUGUACCUCCUAGUGAUGAACAAUAUCCCAAAGAAACCAGCAGUAGCACGAACCGUGGCAUCUGCCCCUCCUCGCCCGUGCCCAUCCAUUGUGAGCUCCAUGACUUCGAUGAGUGCCGAGGCAAAGAGGAAGUUGUCAUCGACACUCCAAAUCUCAGUCCUAACCUUCAUACUAUCUCCUCUCAUGAAAGUGGGCUGCCUAGCGACUCGUUUGUCAGUUUGAAACGAAAGACAAACGCCGAAAAGGCUGUUGGCCAACCCGGCUUGCAAGAUAAUUCCGGCUCAUCUGACAUAUUUUCUUCGUCCCUCCUCAACGGAUCUUCAACUGAUGAAAGCUACGCAACUACCUCCCCAAAGUAUCACAAUGAAGAUGCAUUGCAAGAAGCCUAUAAUGUAGCUAUUGCAGUUCCUGAUGACAAUAAAAACUCUCGAACCCCCUCGCCUCGUCCACCUAACAAAAAAAUUUCGUCCUGGUACCAGCAAUCUCUUGCACGGUCUUACAGAGCAAAAGUUCACCAGUUUCAGCGCAUAUUCAAAAACACGCCUGUCGAUACCAACCGUCUCCUCGUUGUUGACUGCGAUGUUUUCCGAAAGCAUCUGAGUAUUGCUAUUCACCAGAACUAUUAUUGUUGUAAUGUCAUAAAGAAAAAUUGCAAGGAAUACGACUACAUGACUUCAUUUUGA